AUGGUAGCACAACUCAAUCGUAUCGAGCCUAGUACAUCAGCUCAAGACUUUUUCAAAAAUUAUAUCUCAAAACGCACUCCCGUCGUUAUUAAAGGAUUCCCUGACGACGCGACUUUCAAAGCUCAGAGAUGGGCGGACCUCGACUACCUGGAGUCAAAAGCCGGAGACGUUUCUCUGCUCGUUGAGCCCAUGCAUCCCGCGACACAGCAAUUUGGCUCGGACGUGCAGCGAAUUCCGAUGCCUUUCCGUGACUUCCUUGUUUCUCUCAGAAGUGAAGGAGGACCGUUCCACUACCUCACCACUCAGUACUCUGGCGAGGACUGGGACGCGCUGACCGUCUUCUCACCGCCAACAGAUGCGCUGGCUGACGACUUUCCGUUAAUUCCGCGUAUAAUGGGAAACCUAUUUCUUCAGCAGGUGAACUUAUGGCUGGGGAAAUCUGUGGAUGGCUCGUCGUCGGGACUGCAUCAUGAUUUUCAUGACAAUUUAUAUAUUCUACUCAAGGGCUGCAAGCGGUUUGUCCUCUACCCUCCUGAAGAACAUCAAAAUCUCUACCCGUACGGCGAUGUGCAUGAAGUGUACCAGAAUGGCGUCAUCGCCUAUGACCCCGUCUUACGUGCAGACGGGCUUGACCAGCGAGUUGCUCUAAAAGCGCGUAUGGAGGCGCUCGAACAACAGAUGAAUGCCCAACAGAGGGGGAAAGGGAAGGGUAGAAUGAAUGGGGAAGCGGAUCGCCUCCAGCAAGCGUAUGACGAAGCCCACUGUGAGUUGAUGAAAUACGAGGACGAGGACAGUGAGGUGAUGAAUGGGAAUCAGUGGGCCGGUGAGGAGGAAGACUUCGAAGUCGAUGGAGAGGAGGGAGAGGAAGAUGGCGAUUUCGGCUCACUCGCAGGCGAUCUGGAGGAUGGUCGUGACGAUUAUGACCUUCUCAUGGGAAACUUAGAUGAGGUUGAUGACGCCUUUCGGGCUGCUGCCUCGGGAGAUGAAGGUUCGAGUGGUGAGGAUGCCGAUGAUGUUGAGAAACCUAGCGACAAAGAACCCGCAUCCUUCUCGCGCCUCCCAACAGCGCACCUUCACAAGCAUCUAAAGUUGCCUACCACCGCCGUCCUGCCUAUCGACUUCUCCCCAGAACUAUUCCCAAGAUUUGGAAAUUCCAGGGCCCCUUUCGUUGUUGAGCUAUCGGCUGGCGAAACAUUGUAUCUCCCUGCAUCAUGGUGGCACGAAGUCACAUCUUCUGGCUCUGCGAUUGGCGACGAGAAAUCGGAAAACGGCACAAAUAUGCAUAUGGCGUUCAAUUACUGGUUCUAUCCGCCGGAUGCAGAAAGCUUCGACGAACCAUAUAAGGACAAGUUAGUAUGGGAUUGCCUGAAGGCCAAGGCGGGCAAGGAGUGUCAAAAGGUCAAUUUGGAAAACAUUGACAGAGAGAGCGUUUUAGAAGGAAAGAGAAAACGAGACGUUGUGGAGACAGGAGCAACCAAAAGGGCUAAGCGUUGA